AUGAAUAACGAAAUCAUAUCAAAUGAUUCAGAGUAUUGGGCAUUAUUUGAAAGCAGUGAGUACAACAAGAAUGUAAAGCCUAACAGUCAAGGACCACUUAAAGUGAAUGUGUCACACUUUGUUAUUGAUAUUUACGGACUAUCGGAUGUUGACAUGGAUUACACGAUAGACUUGUAUUUGAGGCAGUGGUGGACUGAUAGUCGUUUGCAAUUCAAUGGCACCGUAAAGACCAUAAACUUAGGACCAGAUUAUAUCAAGAAGAUCUGGAUUCCCGACACUUUUAUAGCAAACAGUCGACACCAUAACUCAGCAGGGUCUCACCCAAACACUAUUCUCUCGAUUACCAGCGAUGGACAUAUAUACUAUAGCACCCGUUUAAUAAUCGUGGCCAAUUGUCCAAUGGAUUUGAGCUACUUUACAAUGGACAGGCAGUUGUGUCGGCUUAGAUUUGAGAGUUACAGCUAUAAUAGUAAACAGAUCCAGUACAAUUGGAUUGGAUCCGGAUUAGCAUCCCGGAUAUCACUUUAUAAUUUUCGUAUUGAAAGGGAUUAUAAAGUGGCACACAUUGAGAAUAUCAGUCUAUCAGACCCGUUUUCAAUUUUAAUCUAUGGGUUUGUAUUGAAGCGUUCACUUGGCUUUUACCUCAAUCAGGUGUAUAUCCCGGCCUUUCUAAUUGUGGUCAUAUCAUGGAUGCCAUUCUGGUUGGACAGGGAGGACACACACGCCCGGGUGGGUCUGGGAGUGACCACUGUCUUAACGAUGACAACACUGAUCACC